UCUCUCUCUCUCUCUCUCUCUCUCUCUCUCUCCCUCCCCGUGCUGUUCUAUGAUUCUAUCUCUUUACUCUCUCUCUCCGCUCUCUCAUCACUUCACCACACCGCCAAUCCAAGCCCCGAUUCAUCACUUUGUCUCUGCAAACGCAUUUCAAUCUUCAGCCUCCAGAAUAUAUAUACGAUCUUUUAUUCAAUUAGUGUUCUUUGGUAACAUCCCUCCCUGCCUACGCUUUGGAGGUAGACAGAGCUCUGGCGAAUCACGAAAUGGCGGGUUCUAUGACGAGCACUGUCUACAUCCACGUGAUCGAAGACGUCAUCAACAAGGUCCGAGACGAGUUCUUCAACAACGGCGGUCCCGGCGAGGGUGUGCUCAGCGAGCUUCAAGGAAUGUGGGAAAUGAAAAUGAUGCUAGCUGGUGCUAUAUUGGCCCCAAUAGAUCGGUCCUCAGCAGCGAAGCAGACACCAGGGAGCGCUGCAGCCCCUGUUCAUGAUCUUAAUGUGCCUUAUGAAGGGACUGAAGAGUAUGAAACUCCCACCGCUGAGAUGCUAUUUCCUCCAACACCACUGCAGACUCCAAUGCCGACACCCCUGCCUGGAACUGCUCAAACACCUCUGCCUGGAACUGCCCAGACACCACUUUCAGGAGCCGACCAGACACCACUUCCAGGAACCACGGAUAGUUCAAUGUAUAACAUUCCUACUGGCGGCACUCCCAUUACGCCUAAUGACUAUGCUGCUGUAAACGAUCAUGGUGAUGUCAAGGAGAUGAAAGCUGGGAGGCCUAGCCCACAUAUGCAACCACCCUCUGCUUGGAUGAAUCAAAGGCCUCCUUUAGGUGUUGAUGUUAAUGUUGCUUAUGUGGAAGGGCGAGAAGAGUUGGACAGGGGAACAUCUCAUCAACCCAUGACACAGGACUUCUUAAUGAUGUCAUCUGGAAAGCGGAAACGUGAAGAUUUUCCUUCACAGUAUCGUGGCAGUGGAUAUAUACCACAGCAGGAUGGAUCUGGAGAUUCCAUUUCUGAUGAUUUCCAGGUUACUCAAGGAGAAAAUAUUGUUCAUGAUGUUGCUGGUGCUGCAAACCAGAAGGUGUACACACAAGGGGCGAGGUUGCCUUCAAGGAUUUCCCAACUGGAUGGACCAAUAACUGAUCCUUAUGAUGAUGUGCUUUCUACGCCUAAUAUAUACAACUACCAAGGAGUUGUCAAUGAAGACUACAAUAUAGCUAGUACACCAGCACCAAAUGAUCAAGUUAGCACUCCUGCUGUUGUUGCCCAGAACAAUGAUGUUGCUGAUGAUGACGAGGAGGAGCCCUUGAAUGAAAAUGAUGACGAUGAUGAUUUGGAUGAUGUUGACCAGGGAGAGGAACUGAGCACUCAGCAUUUAGUUUUGGCUCAAUUUGACAAGGUUACUCGGACCAAGAGCAGGUGGAAAUGCACUCUAAAGGACGGCAUCAUGCACAUAAACAAUAAAGACAUUCUCUUUAAUAAGGCAACCGGAGAAUUUGAUUUCUAAUUUUGUAAUAAAAGAUCAUAUAUUAGCUGACAAAAUAGUCGGUUGCUAUCCGGGGGCACAUCUGGAUUUUUGGUUGGUUUCAAGUAAUUUUGGUAGAACAAUUGUAUUGGAAGUAAGAGAACGAGGUGCUGCUGCUGCUGGUAUGGUUGCAUUGGAGGCAGGGUGUGGUCGAUCGGCCAGUUUAGUAGUAGUUUGUACAUAGAAGGGAGAGCCUGGAACUAGAUGGAGAUGGCUUGGCUGCUGCUGCUGCUGCUACUAUAGUUUUCCCGCACUCCCUUCCCUUUUGCAGCAGUUGGUGGAAUGUGUAAUUCCAUUGACGUUACACUUUUGCGA